UACGCCUUAAUCGUGAAAGGGAGCAAAAACGUCAAAAGAGAAGCCAAGAAAGUAAUGAAAUGCGAGAGACUCGUCUUACAAGAGCUCGUGAACAAAGAGCUAACAAGAGAACAGCAGAAUCAGUUGAGAAACGGGAGUCACGUCUUAAAC